UGAAUGAUACUGAUGUUUCGGAUCUUGCCACAUUUAUGGGUCAUGCUGAUAAAAUACAUAGAGAUCAUUAUAGGCAACCAAUAGCAAGCAGAGAUAUACUGAAAAUCUCCCGCUAUUUAGAAGCAGUAUCGGAAGGAAAUGCACAAAAUACGAAUAAUGAAUCGAUAUCGGACAGUGAUUCUGAAAUAGAAGAUAACAUAAUUGACGUUAACAACAAUAAUACUGGCGAAAUAAAUAUUUCAUUAUGUGAGACAUCAAAUCAUUCCAGAAAUUCUGACAAGCAAACGGAUGAACAAGGUGGAAAACGGAAACGUAGUACAUCUCCUUAUGGAAAAACAAAAAGAGUACCAUGGACAGAAAAUGAGAAAGAAGCAGUGCUUUCUGCGUUUGCACAACAUAUGGAAAAUCAUACAUUGCCGUCUCUAAAAGAGAUUCAAGAAGUAAAAAAAAAAUAUAUUUCUCUGGCUCGGCGUACAUCGCCGCAAAUCAAAACGUGGCUGCAUAAUAAACAAAAAACCUUGCAACAACAAUAGUUUUCAGUUUCACUGCCUCAUUUUAGGAGAACUUUGUAAAGGCGUUCAACUCAAGAUUAACGUUGAAUACACCUAGAUUAUCGGAUAUAUUGAAUAUAUUCAAUAGAAUCAGAGAACCUGAAUAUUGCUAUACCCAGCGAUGAGAAGUGGAUAGAAUGCUUAACGGAACAGAUUCAAUACAAGAUGGAAUUUAUAAAGUGAUAUGUUCCAGAAGA